AUGACAGUGCCCAUCAAAAUACUGCCAAGGAGAGACCGCAGCGUGUCGGAGGUCGACAUUAUGAAAUCAUUGCAGCAUCCAAAUAUCAUCGAGUUACUACAGGUUAUUGAAACAAAGGAAAAUGUGUACAUGGUGAUGGAAUAUGCAGGUGGAGAAGAGCUGACAAGUCACAUCUGUGAGACCAAUGACCUACAGGAGGAGGAGGCCAGAAUAUUUUGGCAGAUCAUCUGUGCCAUACAAUACUUCCAUGAGCAAGGCAUCGUUCACAGGGACCUCAAAUUGGAUAGCGUCUUGUUAGACGAAGAUGGCACAGUUAAAAUCUGUGACUUUGGAUUAGGGACCAAGAUCACUCCUGAUCAGAAACUGAAAGAGAUCUGCAAUCUGCAAAAUCUCAUUAGCAUGCUUCUCACCACUGACUCACAAUGGCCAACACUAGAGGAAAUCCUGUGGCACGCAUGGCUCUGCCAGAGUGAACCACCUUCUUGUCCUCCUCCUGAUCUGCUUCCAGAAUAUCCCAAACCUGAGAUCCUAAAGUUGAUGUCAGCCUUAGGACAUAACCCUGAAGAAAUCAAAGAAUCCCUCCGGUUAAAAAAAUAUGAUCACCGGAUGGCCACUUAUCUUAUUAUGGAGCACCAAGCAAGCCAGGGAACAAACAUUUGCAUCAGAGUGAAGCCAGAAGAUAAGGGUGUUACACCAUCUCCACACCCUACAGAUCCCACCACCUCAGCUCUCCUCCAAAACAGUGGUGAACCUGUCUCCAACAGUGACUCCUUUCUCUCAGGGAAUCGCUUUGACAGGAAACAUGAGCUCUGCAAGACCACCCAAUCCAGCACAACCCACCAGCUUUGCCCUAAGUCAACCCCCUGCAGCUCCUGUAAGAAAAAGAUGUGCUGGGAGAGGAUGAACAGGGGGAUUGCAGCAUUCAUGCAGAAGCUGAACAAUUGCUGCCUGCCAGCCUAG